AUGGGCAGCAAGGUGGACAUGGUUCUACCCUUCGAAUCGUCCGGCAGUUCGAGCGCCAAUCUCCAGCUCCUCGACAUGUCCGCCAACUUUUGGGUUCCCACAAGCGCGACUCGACGCAAGGGUCAAACUGGCAUUGUUUCACCUGAACCAGUUGACCGCAAGAGCAUCAACGAAGAGGGCGGGCGGACCCUCAUCCUAGUCGUCCGACUGGCGUUUGAGCAUGCGACGGAUAGGGCUGCUUGGAGAAAGAUGGAGGCUGCCCCUGCUGCAAGGACCUCAGAUGACAGGAUGAAAAAAUCUCUUAACGAGCACAAGGGCUCAGAGGAAGCUGCCGCGCAUGCGUCCUACGCUGCACAGAAGGUGACGCGCCUUGGUCUCGGUCUCACAAUGUUCCUUGGCGAGCUGUUCAGGCUGCAGGCAAUCACGGAGUGUAUUAUACACGAGCGUGCAAAUAAGCUGUCGUGCGACGUCAAGCACCUGGGGAAGAGGAGCUUGAGAGUUUAUGCCAGCUAUUGCAGAUAG